AGCAAUGGCGGUUGUUUAUAAAGUUUUUGGUGUAUAUUGAGCGUCGCUCUAUAUCUUAAUCGCUGUUCUAUUAUUGUAAACCAACUCUAGGGGAAAUUUCAUACGUUAAAGACUCCUGCUCAACUGAAGUAUUGCAGGAACAUACUGCAAAUGACAAAAACGAAUUACAGACGCUUCCAUUCCCGGCAACAACGCCCAAGGGAAGUAACAAGCCUUCAGACACUUGGGUAUAAUAGUAGGUCAGUGGUACUUGAACCAGCGACAUUCAAACCAAGUAUACUGCUACCUAAUCUAGAAAAGACAGAAAAGGUUUUCUUUGAAAUCAUUCAAAAGAAAAGUGUUGAAGAACUUGAGGAAUUCUUGAAGAAAAACAAGAACUUCAAUGUGAACUGUCAAAACUAUCAGGGUAGGACUGGACUGCAGCUUGCUGUCAAACUUGGUCUGUACAAGAUGGUGCAGUGCCUGGUACAAUAUGACGUCAUUGUUGGAGACUGUGUGCUGCAUGCUAUACAGAGUGGCCAUGCAGGCAUUUUAACAUUACUUCUUGAUAAACAGAGCCAAAGCUUUGAAUCAGAGAAAAGAAAUGUUGCCUUGCACAGUCCUGAUUUUCCACCUGAUAUUACACCACUGAUGCUGGCUGCACACUUGGGCAACUAUGAGCUGAUCCAGCUGUUACUGGAGAGAGGGUACACUCUGCCUCCACCACACCAGCCCAGCUGCCCAUGCAAAGAAUGUAAAAGACAAACAAAAUGGGAAUAUGUGAAUUCAACUCGUGUUCGGUACAAUAUCUACAAAGCACUUGCUAGUCCUAAUUAUAUCUGCCAGUCAUCUGCAGACCCUGUCCUCACUGCAUUCAGUCUAAGCUUUGAUCUCUACCAAUGUGCUAAUAAUGACAGGUCAUUUAAGAAAGAGUACAUUGCUUUAGCAGACCAAGUGGAGAAGUUUGCAGUGGACCUCCUAACACAGUGCAGGAGCAGUAAGGAAGUCCAGCUCCUGUUGGAGAGAAGAGAGGGAUACUCCUCUCCAGGAGACAAACCACUGAAAUUCACACGCCUUCUCAAGGCUAUAGACUGUGAGCAGAAAGAAUUUGUAGCUCACCACAGUUCCCAGCAAGUUCUGUACGCUGCCUGGAUUGAGGGAUGGGAGGAUUGGAGAAGGAUGGGUUCAUUUUCCAAAGCUCUCAUAAUUUUCCUUCAAACCAUCUUCCUGCCCUUAAUCGCCCUUUUCUAUUUGAUGGCGCCAAAUUCAGGACUUAGCAAGAAACUGAAAUCACCUUUGACCAAAUUCAUCAGCUGGACCAUCUCGUAUGUGUUUUUCCUCUUGAUUCUGUAUAUUCAAAAUGACAUGGAUACGAUAAGUUACAUCAGAGGACCCCCAGACACAGGUCUUGAGUGGUGGAUAUUUGUGUAUGUGUUAGGUUUGCUGUGGGUGGACUUAAACCAACUCUGGUUCCAUGGAUGCAAGCGUUAUUUCAAGCAAUGGUGGAACUGGUAUGAUGUGAUCCACCGUGCUCUGUUCAUUGCCACCUUCUUAGCUUGGGGGUGGGCCUAUUUGGACACUCAAGUGCACGAUGAAAUCAAUUUGGAAAGGAAAUAUUGGAAUCAGUUCGACCCAACUCUCUUAGCUGAAGGUCUCUUUGCAUUGUCAACCAUCUUGUCAUUUGGGAGAUUGCUGUUUUUGUUCCAGCUCAAUCCAGAUAUAGGUCCAUUGCAGGUAUCAAUCAGCAGAAUGUUCAAGGACAUUAUGGUGUUCCUGAGCAUCUUUCUGAUCAUCAUGGUUUCCUUUAGCACGGGACUCAGCAAGCUGUAUCAGUAUUAUAGGGGGCAUAAGAGGAUUGAUCCUGAUGGAACUGAGCACGUCCAGUUGGAGUCGUUUAUUACCAUUAGGGCCACUUUCAAAACCUUGUUCUGGGCAAUAUUUGGACUGUCGCCUGUUGACUCUGCCAAAGUUGUGAUCUCCAACCAGGGCACCAAUGGCAGCCACAUUGUAGCCAAUGAGCACAGUUUCACUGAGGGAGUGGGCUAUGUGCUGUUUGCAGUGUUCAACAUUAUAGUUGUCAUUGUUUUGAUCAACUUGUUGAUUGCUAUGAUGUCUCACUCCUUUCAGAAAGUACAGGACAACAAGGAUGUCGAGUGGAAAUUUGCACGGACUAAAGUGUGGAUGAUAUUCUUUGAAGAGAUAGGAACAUUACCGCCGCCCUUCAACCUCAUUCCCAGUCCUAAGAGUGUAUACAGACUGGUCUACUGGAUGUGCAGUUGGUGUAGGGGGCACCCAAAGGCAAACUGCAGCAGAAAGAGAUGUUGCUUUUUUGAAGAUGACGAGGAGAUAGAAAAUCAGAAAGAUGGGAGAUAUGAGACACUGAUGGGGAAGCUGGUCAUGAGAUAUUUAGCAGAGAAAGGGAAGGUGAAAGACUCUACUACCAAAAUUCAGAGUGAACUGAACACUGUUCAGCGUGAGGUUAUUCAAGUGAAGAGUGCCAUGAAACAGUUACUGGAUAGACUAGAGGAAGCUGACGAGAUUUCUGGCACGUCUUCUCAACACGAGUUACCAGAAAUGUGAGACGUGCAAGAUGUGACAAUUUUUUUACACAGAAUUUUAAAAACAUAAGAAUGACAAAUGGUGUUUGGUAUUUGUGUUUCUUUUCUUUAUUGCAAGGAAAAAUAAUUUUUAUUGAAGUCAGCAACUGUGCUAAGAAGAAACUUACAGCUUAGCACUGAUAGACUCCAGCAAAUUCAUAUAAUUCAACAUGGUGUCAAGGCAACUGAACCAAUGUGGUUUACCUCAACCCACAUAUAACCAUCACAUAAAAUUCAGAUAAAUGCUACAAAGAUAUUUUUUAUCUUUUUUUGUUUAUAAAAUAAUAUUCUGGCUUACUGUGUAAUGAAGCCUUCUAACAUUUCUUGAUGACACCCUUUCCAGUUAUAUAUUGGAGAAAACGAGAAUUCAUGCAUGUCUUUAAAAAAAAAAAAAAAAAAAA